GGGUUUAGAGAGUAUCUUUGUAAUGCGGAAAAGCAAAUGUGCCUUUAUCAAUUACAAGACUGAGGCCACGUGCUUGGAGGCAUUACAGAAGUACAAUGGACGGGAGUUUGCAGGCGUCAAGUUACUUUGUCGACUGCGAAAGGCACCUGAACCACAGACUCCAUCCUCUGCAGCUCAACCUCAGAGUCCGGAAUCUGCGGCGGAAGCGCGAGAGCGCAGCGCCAUGGAACACGAAAAGGCUACGGCAAAAAACAGAUACUUCAUUAUCAAAAGUUUGUCAAAGGAAAAUUUGGAUCUGUCUCUGCAGAACGGCGUGUGGGCUACUCAAGCUCAUAACGAAAUUGUCUUGGAUCAAGCUUAUCGAUCCGCCGAAAACGUUUAUCUCAUUUUCAGUGCGAACAAAACCGGUGAAUACUAUGGAUACGCUCGGAUGGCAUCCCCUGUCUUCCGUUCUCACUCCGGAUCACAAAGUCCGGAAGCGGUGUCUCCAGACAUUGAGUGGAAACCUGCACAUGGAAAGCAAAGUUCGGAUGCAACUGCGGUCACUGCGGGGCCAACUGUCGUGGCUACGCCAAAGACAGAUCAUGUGCGGAGUGGUCGGAUAGUGACCGAUGAGUAUCGGAAUACUACAUUCUGGGAAGCAGACACUGAUAGCGACGCGGAAAGUGUCGCAGCUAGGAGUCCGGAUGAAGUACGCCAACCUGACUACAUCGGUGGUCCUGAGGUUGGAGAUGAGCAUUCCUGGGGUGUGAGUUUCCGAGUCGAGUGGAUCGUGACGGGGCAUCCUCUUCCAUUCUACAAGAUCCGGCACUUGCGAAACCCAUGGAAUGCUAAUCGGGAGGUGAAGGUUGGGAGGGAUGGUACGGAGUUGAAGCCGAGUGUUGGCGAGAGACUCUGUGCUGAAAUCCGUAGAAAUGCCGAGCAGGCUCGGGAAGGUGCGCAGACCCACACAAGGCUGCCGCCGCGUGGUGAAUACGGCGCUGGUGCUGUUACGACACAAGGCCCAACGCGCUGGGCACGACCGGAGAUUGCUCGUGCAGCUCAACGUAAACAGGUUCCCCUAUCCACACCAGCAGGUCCUCAAGCCUUCACAUUGAACGAACCACCACAACGACGAUUUACUGGGAGACCUUAUGCGAUCUCUAACCUACAUCAACAACAAUAUUCUUUAGGCCGACAACCUCUGCCUGGUCUACCCAGUCGACUUGACCCUAGUCAAGGUGGACCUUCACGAGAUGACGUCCAUUCACCGCCAUCGUGAACAGUUGCUGGACAACAUUCAUAUACGAAAAUGUUUUCUUCAGCACUCAGCAUUCUUUUUGGGGCAUCUCGUUGCUCCGUAUACGACUGAGCAGCAUCUUAUACCAUCACUUGCCGACAUGCUGUUCAGUUCUUGCAUUCGUUGGAGCCGAGGGGCAUAACAUACACGG